UCAACGCCCGGCCAUGGCCCCGUGGACGCGCCUCCUGCCCCUGCUCGCCCUGCUGGCCCUCUGGGCGCCCGCCCCAGCCCCCGCUCAGGAUGGGGACAAGCACCUGUGCGGCGAGGAUCUGGUGGAUACGCUGUCCAUGGUGUGUGGAGAUCGGGGCUUCUACAAUCCCACGGAACGCCGGGAGCUGCCCAACACGCAGGGGGGGGCGGUGGGGACGGGCGCGGGCGGCCCGCAGGCCCUGGCCCUGGAGGAGAUCCUGCAGAAGCGCGGCAUCGUGGAGGAGUGCUGCUUCGGCAUCUGCUCGCUCUACCAGCUGGAGAGAUACUGCAACUAGGCCGCCCUGGGCCUGGCCGCUCCCUGCCCCCCAGACCCAAUAAACCCCUGAACCAGC